AUGCCAACUACCCCGGCAUGCACCGAAACUCUUAGCAGCGAUGCUGUCGAUGCUGGAGCAAACAGCAAUUAUCGGACGGCGGACGUUAUUAAAUAUGCUGACAACGAUAAUGCAAAACGCCAAAAACCUAAUACCGAAUCGCGACUACGCUUUCACACGGUGGCAUUUUCGCCUACCAAAAACAUGUUUUUCCAAGAAGCAACUAUGAGCAGUGCAUCGGCUCCUGUUACUCUCUACAUAUCGCCAGUGGCGCCAAGUGCGUGUUUACUGUUUCCUUACAAGCGAAAACAAAUGACUUGGAAGCAAACAUCGCUGGCGGAUAUGCCACCACUGUUGAUGGGAGAGCUCGAGCGUGAUGCGUUGCAAUACCUGGAUAAAAUGAUGGAUCGAAACCAACAGCAACACGGAUUCCAGGUGAUGCUGAUGCGUUACCUUUGCACUAAGUUCCGUCCGGCGUUCUACAGACCUACUGUGAUGCUGGGCCACAGUGGUUUGCGUCGACCUAAAGAUGCAAUUAGUCGUUUGCUGAUAUGCCAGGACAAGCGCAACAUCCAAUGUUUUGUUCAGAUCCUUGAGAUCGGUGCGAAAGUAUCCAGAUGCACUCACGUGAGCAAGAAAACAACGUCUGCUUUGCCAAGUUUUGUGCUGUUGGACCUGCUGAGCUUGCGCAGUUUUCAUGAUUUAUACAGUCCAUGGUGCGCAGGCGACUCAUAG